AUGGCAGCCAUCGACCCGGCCACGCGCAAGAGGGUGCUCCGCGUCAUCAUCAUAUCCCUCCUCCUGGAUCUGAUAUCCUUCACCUUUAUCCUCCCGCUCUUCCCCAAGCUUCUCGAGUUCUACCGCGAUCGCGAAGCGCCGUCGUUUGUCGGCGACAGCCCGCCUACCUUGCUGCGCCAGGUCCUCGGCGGCCUCAACCGGUACAAAGCUGCCUUUUCCCGGCGCAUCGACUCGCGACAUGACAUUGUCUUGCUGGGCGGAGCCAUGGGCUCGCUCUUCUCUCUCCUCCAAGCCAUGGCCUCUCCGAUAAUCGGCCGCUUCUCGGAUCGCUACGGCCGCCGCACCACCCUGCUGGCCUCCAUGUGCGGCAACAUCGUGUCGGUGCUGCUGUGGGUCGUUGCCGUCGAUUUCCGCACCUUCAUCGCCAGUCGCGUCGUCGGCGGCCUGUCCGAGGGCAACGUCCAGCUCGCGACGGCAAUCGCCAGCGACAUUUCCGACGACGCCUCGCGCAGCCCGACCAUGGCCAUCAUCGGCGCCUGCUUCUGCGUCGCCUUUACCUUUGGCCCCGCUCUUGGCGCUUGGCUCAGCACCAUGUCCGCCGUCGCGGCCAAUCCGUUUGCCGUUGCCGCGGGCUUCAGCCUCUUCCUCAUCGUCGUCGAGACGGCGUAUCUCUAUUUUUGCCUCCCCGAGACCUUGCCUGCGCUGGUGGAUGCCAAGGCACCCAAGGGCAAUGGCAACAGCAAGGCGUCCGAGGCCAAGAAGCGGCCGGCGCAGUCGUCGGCGGUGGUGGAAAAGACCAACUCGCCCUCGCUGAUCUACGCCAUCAACUUCUUCUUCCUCUUGUUCUUCUCCGGCAUGGAAAGCUCCCUGUCCUUCAUGACCUACGAGCUCUUUGGUUUCAGCUCGGGCAAGAACGGCCGGUUGCUGGGCUUCAUCGGCCUCGUGGCCUCGGUGCUCCAGGGCGGCGUCACGCGCAGAAUGGCCCCGCUCUCGUCCAUCCGCGUCGGCAUCUUGUCCUGCCUGGCGGCCUUUAUCCUGCUCGGUCGGAUCGACACCGUAGGCGGGCUCUACGCGGCCGCCACCUGCCUGGCCACGACGUCGGCCACCGUCGUGACGGGCCUCAACGCGCUGAGCAGCUUCGACUCGAGCGAGGACGAGCGCGGCAGCAAGCUGGGCAUCCUGCGGAGCUGGGGCCAGCUUGGACGCGGGCUGGGACCCGUCCUCUUCACCAGCGUGUACUGGUGGGCCGGGCGCGAGUACGCGUACCGGCUGGGCGCGACGGGCAUAGCAGUGGUGGCGGUGGCUGUCAUGAUGGGGCUCAAGACGCCCAAGGCAGCUCAAGCGGCAAAGGUGAAUGGGAAGGCGAGAUAG